UCCCUGGUCAAUGACUCAGAUUCGAAUAUUGCUUUUCCUGAGCUAAACAAUUGACUGAUUCAAAUUUACAUGGUUUGAUUUUGAUGGGAGGAAUUUUAAUCUGUUUAAACAACUUACUUAGCUGGAGUGGUUGAGCGAGAGGGAUUGCCAUUGAUCCAUUUUAUAUCAUUCCGUUGACCGAAUCAUUACACAGAAGCUCUGACUUCUAUUUUGUUAAUGUAUCACUGUCGGCAAAGAAUAGAAAAUUGUUAGCUGAUCAUGUCUGUCUGCUAGCUCCUGAAAAUGAUCAGUGACUUGUUGUUCAUCUCCUUGAUGGCGUUUAAUUUUUUGCCAUGUUUCAGCGAAGACGCCCUCGAUGAAUUUAAAGCUUGCAGUGUGAGUUACAAUUGCGGAGAAUUGGUUAACAUCACGUAUCCAUUUUGGGGAAAUGAGAGGCCGGAAUUGUGCGGGCGGCGAGAAUUGGAGCUCAAAUGCAAAAACAAGCGAACCACCACUAUUGAAAUCAAUUCUGUGGAGUAUAACGUUCUGGAAAUAGAGCAGUCGUAUAAUGGAAUGAGGAUCGCAAGAUCAGACGUGUCCGAGAGUGUAUGCCCCAAAAAUCAGAUGAAAACUGGGAGUGGGAUUCCGGAAUUGGGAUAUCCGUUCGAAAAUUUUUGGAACAGUGGGAAUAAUAUCUCCCUGUGGUACAAUUGCUCGGUGCAAAAGGGAAUUUCGGAGAGUUACAGAUUCUGGUGUGGGGGGGAAAAGGAGGGGAGAGUGAAUUAUGGGUUUGGACCAAUGGAUGCGAAUUUGACACUAAAUUUGGAAGGCCAAGUGUGUGAAAUGAACAUCAAUGUUACGGCGGAUAGCUUGACAGGGGAAGGUGGAAAUAACAGGACGGCGGUGCUGGAGAACUCCGUGAGACAAGGGUUCUUUGUGAGUUACUUCCAGGAGAAGAAGUGGUAUACGAUUGCCUGCGAAGUAUGCAAUGACGACGGCGGAAUUUGCGGAGGAAACGCGACGUACGCAUUUUACUGCACUUGUGCAGGCGGAGAUGCACAUCCCUACCGCUGCUUACCUACUACUCCUCCUCCUCCUUCUCCUCCUCCUUCAAGAACGUCUUCCAGUUUGUCGAAGAAAAAAUCAUUAAUCAUAGUUGCAAUUGCUACUGGAUGCGUCAUUUUGAUGAUCUCCAUCAUCAUCUUCAUCUACCACACAUCUCAAACAUCAAACAGAGACAACAUUGAAGAAAUUAUAAAGACAUAUUCCACACGAACACCCAAGCGGUACAGUUACUCACAGCUAAAGAAAAUCACAGACUCCUUCAACAACCAGCUUGGCCAGGGAGGAUUUAGCACCGUCUACAAAGGAACUUUACCGGAUGGACGCCAAGCGGCGGUGAAACUUUUGAACGAAUCCAGAGAUCAAACUGGUCAAGAUUUUAUGAAUGAAGUUGUUAGCAUCACCAGAACUUCGCAUGUGAACGUAGUCACUCUCUUGGGUUUCUGCUACGAGCGCGACAAAAGAGCUCUGAUUUAUGAGUAUAUGCCAAAAGGGUCAUUAGAUAAGUACAUAUUUAACAAAGGGUUGCAGGAAAAAGAUGUUGCGGUGUUGCACUGGAACACGCUUUAUAGCAUCAUUAUGGGGGUGGCUCGAGGGUUAGACUACUUGCAUCGCGGCUGCAGCACAAGGAUCGUGCAUUUUGACAUAAAACCACACAACAUUCUUCUGGACGAUGAGUUCUGCCCCAAGAUCUCAGACUUUGGGCUUGCCAAGCAAUGCAGGGCUACAGAGAGUUACGUGUCGGUGACGGGCAUGAAGGGGACGGCAGGAUUCAUGGCGCCGGAAGUAAUGUUUAGAAAUGUUGGGAAGGUCUCCCACAAGUCUGAUGUUUAUAGUUAUGGGAUGUUGGUUCUUCAGAUGGUGGGUGAAAGAAAGAGCCAAAAUGAAGAGCAGUUUCCUGAUUGGAUAUACAAGGAUCUUGCAGAGAGUGAGAAAGAUGGAGGGCGUGGCCUACGGUGGGGCAACACCGAGGAAGAAGAAGAAAAAGCAAGAAAAUUGAUUGGUGUGGGUCUGUGUUGCAUUCAGUCGUUGCCGGAGGAGAGGCCGUCGAUGAGUGAUGUGGUGGCGAUGUUGGAAGGCAGUGUUGAUGGCUUACACAUUCCACCAAAAUCGGCCUUGUUUGGACCUCCAGCGGCUCAGACGUCAACGACCAUUCUCACUGAUUGCCCUUUUAACUGAUUCAGUACUUGCACGUUGCAAUUGCUUCAAGGAAGAAGCCUUUAUUUCUACGGUGCUCUUUAGAAAUCACUGCAAUGACUGCCCUAAUUUCUAAACACCAUAGCUGCUAAGCCUCACAAGAAUCGUGAGAACUGGUUGCCGAUGAUGCUCUAUAAAUCUUAUUUGUCAUUCUUCCUUUCUCUCUGCAAAUGUUGGCGUUCACCUAAAAAAAUAUAGGUUUGCGCAAAACCUAAAACUCUAAUAUACCAUUUGUUAGGGAUAAGAAACCAACCACGCAUCCACGUCUAAACUCUCGUGGUUUUGCACUUGGUAUCAUCCAAGAGGCCUCAGUUUUUGGGCUUAACAGUAACAGUCUUUUUCAAAGGCCUAUUAUGAAAUAUACCCCCUCCCCAUUUUUAUGUUUUGUA